GGGGACUCCCGUGAGGAAGGAAGGCCCAGCUCUGCCCUAGUGACAAAGCUGCACGGAUCCUCCUCUUCUGCGGUGUCCAAGUGGGAGCAGUGGCGGUGUGCGCGACCCCUCGGGCCCCCACCCCAGAGCUGUCCUGUUUAAUAAAGGCCUUUUUAAAAGGAGCUGGUCUCCUGGCCCGUUCAUCACAGCUUGGGGGCUCGUCCGGGAUAGCCACGCCCCGAAGAGGACCAGGGACGGGACGGCCGCCCGCCCUAUCGGGCCUCCGGGGGACAGCUGGCUAUACUGGACCAGAAGGACAGCCUGGGAUCAGCAGCGCAGAAGAGCGCCGGAUUGGGUCCCUUCCAGGUCCUGCUGGUGACCCACGCUGCUAUUCGGACCCAAGAAAAGGGGUGGACUCACGUCUCCCGUGAAAAAGGACCAGUAUCACCCCCUCCUGACUGUGGACAAGACACAGAAAAAUACUCCACGAAUUCCCCCAAGUGGACUGCCAUUACAGAUCCUACCAGUCUAAAAGUGACUCUUAAGAGGCAGCCAGAAAUAGACUGAGAGAAAAAGAAUUGAAACAAAGACUGCAGAACUCUGCUGAGUGUGUUGGUUUAAGCCGGGAGUGUUCUUUAAGUUGUUGUUGUGGUUAUUGCUGUUAAGUAUUUUGAUGUUAGUAAAGUUGGUUUAAUAGGAAACCCCCCCCAUUAACUUCUCCCACAGAACAUUCUCCAAAAAGGCAACUAAAUUAAAGAAAAGGUGGGAAGAGAAGGACCAUACCAUCUCUCCUGAUCCCCAUCUCUCCCGAUCCCCAAACCUAAGAGGCAAGACCGGGUGAGGCUAAAAAGGAGGUGAGCCAUGAAGCUCCCUAAAAUGAAACUAGCUCAUACCGGACUCUUAGGUGGACUGAUAUUGGUCCAGCUAGUGAGCCUUGGGAUAGGGGGUGGUGGAGAAGCAUGUACAAAGUGCUACUAUCCCCUAUAUGAUGGAGAGGAUCUAGGAUCACUGAUGAGAGUCCACACAAACAUCAAUCCCACCUGUUUUGAUCAUACCCAACUGGAAACCUGCCAGGAGGAGGGAAAGACAUAUUGGAUUACUAGAAAUACUGCCUCAUUUAGGCAACGCCUGCUUGGAGAAUGCCCUGUAGGAGAAUCCUGGCUCUGCUUUGAGGAAGAGGGACUGAAUGAUGUAAUAAAGGAAAAACAAUUGAGGAUAAAGAAGGGUAAUCUGGAUGAAACACUGGGUAAGAACCUAUUCAUUGACUUGAUGGAGAGAAUCAGCAGAGAGUUAAACUUAACCAAUUGUUGGGUAUGUGGGAACACCCAGAUGUCAGAUAUUUGGCCCUGGGAAGGGAUCAGCUUGGCACCUUUAGACAUCUUAAGGUGGAAAUUAACUGAGCAGAAACCCCAGAUGGGGAACAGGGGACGAGAACAAUGGGAUUUGAAAACAAGGGUGAUCGGGGAAGAAUGCAUUAAAAGGACAGGAAAAAAAUACAAAACCCCUGUGGGAAAAAUGGCCUGCAAAAGAUACCUAACUGUGAAAGACUCAGGUAGCAGGUGGAUCCCCCAAGAACCAAACAGGUAUUGGGCCAUUGGGAGAAAGGAAAGGGGGUGUAUUUAUCAUGAGGGGUACAAACUGCAUGAGUGUGCAGAAAAGGGAAUAAACCCUUUUUGGGGGUUAAGAGAACUCUCAAAAUAUUGGGAACAUCCUACCGACACACAGGACACUUUUUGGAAGGCCCCUGAGUAUUUAUUUUGGAUUUGUGGGAGCACUGCCUAUACCCACCUCCCAGGGGAUUGGGCGGGAAGUUGCACAAUUGGGAUAAUAAAGCCUGCUUUUUUCCUCCUACCCAAGGAAUCAGGAUCAUACUUGGGAGUCCCCUUGUAUGAUAACUUAAAAAAAGGCAGCCGAAAGAGGAGGCAUGUAAUAGACCUAGGAAGUAAUCAAAAAUGGAAGGGGAAGAUCUGGACCCCUGAAGAAAUAAUUAAGACAUAUGGACCAGCCACGUGGGCCCAGGAUGGAUCCUGGGGGUAUCGUACCCCAGUCUAUAUGUUAAAUCGAAUCAUCCGUCUCCAGGCAGUAUUGGAAGUGGUGUCAAACAGAACUGCCCUUGCUUUAGACCACAUUAGCACCCAAUUGGCACAAACCAGGGCUGUAGUUUACCAGAUUCGGCUGGCGGUAGACUACCUAUUGGCAGAUGAGGGAGGCAUUUGUGGGAAGUUUAAUUCCUCCGAAUGUUGCCUGGAGAUAGAUGAUAAGAGUGAGGACAGUGACUACCACAGUACAAGCUAG